AUGAAGUCCUCCGACCGCGUGUCGGUCGAGAACGAGAUUACGGUAAAUCCAGAUGGCCCGCCGCCCGCUAAGCGACGUCGCGUUGAGCGCAAGCCGCGUACUACCGAAUACCUUGAUUUGAAGGCAGCUUCGCAGCAGAGCGAGAAGGAUGAGAAACUACUGGAGCAACUGACUGGCGCUCUGCGCAAGAAGAAGAAGAUUGUGGUAAUUGCCGGCGCUGGAAUAUCUGUAUCUGCAGGAAUUCCCGAUUUCCGAUCUUCGAAGGGUCUAUUCGCGACUUUACCAAAGGAACACGGUCUCAAGGGCUCCGGAAAGCACCUAUUCGACGCGUCGGUCUACAAGCAUGAUUCUACGACCUCUUCUUUCCAUACGAUGGUUCGAGAUUUGUCGCAUCUUACUAGGAAUGCGAAGCCUACUCCCUUCCACCAUCUGAUCGCCUCGCUUGCUAAGGAAGGUCGCCUAUUGCGCCUUUACACACAGAAUGUUGACGGUCUCGAUACAUCUAUGCCCCCUCUAUCUACAACGGUUCCGUUGAACACUAAGGGCCCGUGGCCUAAGACAAUUCAACUUCAUGGCGGUCUAGGCAAGAUGGUAUGCUCCAAAUGUAGCGAGAUCAGCGACUUCGAUGAGUCACUUUUCGAGGGCCCGGAAGCACCUCUUUGCAAGGGAUGUGAGGAGACAGACAACGUGCGUACCUCUCAUGCCGGAAAGCGUAGUCACGGAAUCGGACGACUACGACCACGAAUGGUUCUUUACAACGAAUACAACCCGGACGAGGAGUCUAUUGCCAACGUUGUCCGAGCCGAUAUCCGAGCACGACCUGACGCUAUCAUUGUGGUCGGUACCAGCAUGAAGAUCCCGGGUGUGCGCAAUAUGGUCAAGGACAUGUGUCGUGUGACGAGAGAGCGUAAGGAUGGUGUUACAGCCUGGAUUAAUCUGGAUCCUGAGCCUACCGGUGCCGACCUCAAGAAUUGCUGGGACCUGGUCGUGAAGGGAAAGUGUGAUGAUAUCGCAUCCCUAGUUCACCUACCCCGCUACGAUGCGAGCGACGACGAUGCUGUGGUUGUCGACGAGAAGAUGUACGAGGAGACCGUCCGUGGCGUUAAGCUCGAGGUCGAGAUCAGAAAGACUGAGGGUAUUUCCGUCAAGAAAGAGUCACGUGACAGUUCACCUCUCGAGGCGAAACCGCAAUUGGUCGACAACGUUCAGGGCAUGCCUACACCCUCUGCUAGUCCCAAGGUACGGGCAGCCUUACCUACAAUCAAGAUCAAGUCGCAAUCGAAGCAGAGCAAGCUUGCGUUCCCCGAUUUGGGCUCGUCGAGCUCGUCUAAACCUACGACAACGGGACGCAAGGACAUUAAGAAGGCAGCCCAGCGUAAGCCUAAGCAGAGCAAGAAGGCGGAGCCAAAACCUCCUAAAGCUACGAUCAGCAAGACUUUCAAGGCGACUAAGGCGGCUACGGUUGCCCCGUCCAAGGUUCCCGCCAAGCGCGAAUUCGAGUCGGAGCCCGAGCCAGUUCUAUCUCCUCGAUCCGUCAUGCGCGAGGAAUUCUCAUUGCGCCCUCGAAGUAAGGCGGCUGGAAACGACAUCGUCGUGCCUCAGAAGGGCAUCGAGGUGGCACCGCCCAGUACUCCUCCUCAACAGCCCGCGCGCCUGUCACUUCCCGGCACCAUCUCGCCUACAUCCAAGCCUCGAGGUUUCGCGUCCUUAAUCGAUUAG